AACUAAUUUUGUCUUUGGUUUUGACAAGAUUGGAUGUGGUGAAUUAGACAUGGCUAAUAGCAAGGCCCCUCACAGUCUCCUUCCACUGUAUUUGCUUAUUUCUCUUGUAUAUCAAUGCUCGGGUUCUGAGCUUGGUGCAACCCGGACGGCGUCGCUGCAAGUGAAUGCUUCUGAAGCAUCCGGGCAACCAAUAUCCGAAACAUUUUUCGGAUUAUUCUUUGAGGAGAUUAACCAUGCUGGUGCUGGUGGAAUUUGGGCUGAGCUUGUAAGCAACAGAGGUUUUGAAGCCGGGGGCCCUAAUAUUCCCUCAAACAUUGAUCCGUGGACUAUUAUUGGAGAUGAGUCAUCUUUGAUUGUAUCUCGCUCUUCAUGCUUUGAACGCAAUAAGAUAGCAUUGAGAAUUGACGUGCUUUGUGACAGCAAAGGUCCCAAUAGCUGUCCACCUGAAGGUGUUGGUGUUUAUAACCCUGGAUACUGGGGCAUGAAUAUUGAACAAGGAAAGAGCUACAAAGUGGCUUUUUAUGUCCGUUCAACCGAUGCAGUCAAUAUAUCUGUAGCAUUGACCGGAUCAAAUGGGUUGCAAAAGAUGGCGUCUACGAACAUUAUAGCUGAUGAUGGUGAAGUUUCAGAUUGGAUAAAGAAGGAGUUUCUGUUGGAGGCCAAAGGAAGCGACAGUAAUUCAAGACUUCAAUUGACCACUACUAGGAAAGGGGUGAUAUGGUUUGAUCAAGUGUCAGUUAUGCCUUUGGACACAUAUACGGGGCAUGGUUUCCGAACUGAUCUUGUCCAAAUGCUGGCAGAUUUAAAACCUCGUUUUUUCAGAUUUCCUGGUGGAUGUUUUGUUGAAGGUGAAUGGUUAAGGAAUGCGUUCCGGUGGAAAGAAACUGUUGGACCAUGGGAAGAGAGGCCUGGGCAUUUUGGUGAUGUCUGGUCAUACUGGACCGAUGAUGGGAUUGGUUAUUUUGAGUUUCUUCAACUAUCAGAAGAUCUUGGUGCAUUGCCAGUGUGGGUAUUCAAUAACGGAAUCAGUCACAAUGACCAAGUUUCCACGUCUAGUGUCUUACCAUUUGUGCAGGAAGCCCUUGAUGGUAUUGAGUUUGCUAGAGGUAGCCCUAAUUCUAAAUGGGGUUCGCUUCGUGCUGCCAUGGGACACCAAGAACCUUUCGACUUAAGAUAUGUUGCUAUUGGGAAUGAGGACUGUGGCAAAAAGAAUUACCGAGGAAAUUACCUCAAGUUCUAUGAUGCCAUAAAAAGUUCCUAUCCUGAUAUCCAAAUCAUUACAAACUGCGAUGCUUCUUCUCAACCGUUGGAUCACCCGGCUGAUUUGUAUGAUUAUCAUGUUUACACAAGUUCCAGCGACAUUUUCUCUAGAGGCAAUCAUUUUGACCAUACGCUGCGUAGUGGACCAAAGGCUUUUGUAAGUGAAUAUGCCGUAACUGGAAAAGAUGCCGGUAGGGGAAGUUUUCUUGCAGCACUAGGCGAAGCCGGAUUUCUUAUUGGGCUAGAGAAAAACAGUGAGGUCAUUGAGAUGGUGAGCUAUGCCCCGCUCUUCGUGAAUAACAAUGACAGGCGGUGGAAUCCAGAUGCAAUUGUCUUCAACUCCUCAAAGGCGUAUGGAACUCCUAGCUACUGGGUUCAACGUUUUUUCACAGAAUCAAGUGGGGCUACUCUUCUUAAAUCAACACUACAAACAAAUUCGUACGCAUCGCUACUCGCCUCCGCUAUUUCUUUUAGAAGUUCAGAAGAUGACGAAACUUACCUUAAAAUAAAGAUUGUAAACUUUGGAAGCGACACUGUAAAUCUCAAGAUUGCAGUAAAUGGAUUGGAUCUGAAUACAGUUCGACUUUCUGGGUCAAGUAAGACCGUGUUCACAUCCAGUAAUCUGAUGGAUGAGAAUUCUUUCAAUGAGCCAACUAAGGUUGUACCAACCAAAAGUCUGCUCAAAACUGCUGGAGAGAACAUAGAUGCUGUAGUGCCUGCACAUUCUUUAAUUUCAUUUGAUCUGUUAAUAGAAACAAGCAGUAUCAGGAUUGCUGGAACUGGCUCUCUCUCUUCUAGAUCAUCUAUGUAAAUAAUUAAUGGGUAUACCAAAUUAUGUAAUAAUAUGCAACUUUAAUGUCAGGCCAGUAAUUAAAAUGGUUGGCAAUCUUUGCCAAUCAACUUUCUAGUAUUUAUAUAAAGUAAAAGUUGCUGAUCCUCCAGUCUCCUGCUUGAAUCAUAUACUAUUUACUUACCAAACAUAUAUGCAACUUUGAUUUAUUGAUGUAUAUGCAUGCGUUGUACCCUCCUAGUAUAUGUUUUGUU